AACUAUAAAUAUUUUCAUUGUUCUAAGAAACGUUCGAAUUGACUUUAUUUAUAGAUAUAAAUACGCAGCUCGGUGAAAUUUUGUAGUUCACAUUAAGUAUCAGUUCUGGAAGCUACACAAAGAGCAUCAGUGCGCGCGGGAACCCGGUUGAAUCGGUCAUGUUUUCUGCGGUUUCCAAACACAUUAACUUUUCGUAAUAAUAAUUUGGUGAAUAAUAUUUAAAUAAAAUAACUUGUAACGUAUGUGAAGGUGAAGUGUGCUUACAAAUAUUUUUAAUCUAUAAUUUUUAUAAAAAAAAUAUAUCGUGAAAACUUUUUUCAAAAAUGGAUUCCAGACUAUUUUUGCGUGCAAAUGAGACUUAUGACGAUUUUUUUAAUCGAUGUAACAAUUUAUCGCAUUUCGACUGUAGUGAGGAGGAAAUGCUGUGGUGGUUGAUGGGAUCCAGACGUUUACCGUUGAAGGAAAUAGUGCCAAUUAGUAUUGUAUUGGUGGUCAUAUUCCUGACCGGUGUGAUUGGCAAUGCGUGUGUGUGUGUGGUGAUUGUGAGACAUCCUGGUUUGCACACUGCGACCAAUUACUAUCUCUUCAGUCUGGCUGUUAGCGACUUAUUGCUGCUGUUGUUUGGUCUUCCGAAUGAUCUAUCAGUGUAUUGGCACCAAUAUCCAUAUAGUUUGGGUAUCGUAUUCUGCAAGCUGAGGGCUCUAAUAUCUGAAGCUGCAACAUACGUGUCAGUGCUGACGAUAUCUGCGUUUUCUUUGGAGAGAUACCUGGCUAUAUGUCAUCCUCUGCAUCUCUACACCAUGGCUGGUCUGACCAGGGCUUCAAGGAUCAUACUGGUGCUAUGGAUCAUAUCUAUAGUUUGUGCGUCGCCUUUCGCUGUCUACAGUGAGAUUAGUUACCGGGAUUAUCCGCCAAAUUCUGGCAACAUAUCUCUGGAGUCAGCAUUCUGCGCGCUAAUGGCACCAUCUCCUCUUCUAGAACUAAGCAGCAUAUUCUUCUUCUUCCUCCCUGCGAUUCUCAUUCUCUGCUUAUACGCGAGAAUGGGGUAUCAUAUAAGAUCGACACGCGUCAUGGAAAAAACGAAGAUAGGCUUGCUAAACGGACACGUGCACGGCGAGACACGGCAGGCGAAAUCUAGAAAGGCAAUCAUACGAAUGCUUGCUGCUGUAGUGAUAGCAUUCUUCGUGUGCUGGGUCCCAUUUCACGUACAACGUUUGUUUUUCAUCUACGGGUACAAUCUGCCUCAGUUCCAUGUGAUAAAUGAGCAUCUGUUCAAUGUGGCUGGUGCUUUAUACUACGUGUCGGCUACCGUCAACCCGAUCCUGUAUAAUGUUAUGAGUGGCAGAUACCGCAUCGCGUUCCAAGAAACACUUCUCUGCAGGAAAGUCCGAGGACGUCGGGACUCCCGCAUCAUUAAUCUGGAUCACACCAUCUGUAGGGAGGUGACUACACUACCCAGCGUCAACUCGACUCACAUGAAACGAGAAUCGAGAAUUUCCUUCAUCAGUAAAGUCGAUUACGUUAAAGAUCCAACGCCCUACUGUAUCAGCCAAGAUAGGGAUUGCGAAGAACCAGUCUUCAAAAGUUAUUCAAAAACUUGAACAGGUAAUUGUACGAUUUUUCGGUGCCAGGGUUUUCAAUCAAACUGUACAGAAUUAAAUUGAAUAUUGUUGUAAAUACAAACUAAAUAUGUAAACAAAACAUCUGUAGAAUGUUUUAUAAGAAUAGGUUGUUUCACUUAUCAGUACCCUUACUUAGUACGAGUUUGCUUUACGUUUAAAGUAAUCGAAACGAGAGCGUGUUCGGCUCUCUCAUUGGUUGAUUCAUUAGUGCAGGCCAAUCAGAGCACUGAACGCGCUUUCGUUUCGUUUUUGUUCAACGUAAAACUAACUCGUACUAAGGAUACAGUCUCUCUGUUUUAACUAGUUGUGUAUAGUGUCAUUUUGUAUAAAUGUAUACUAGGUUUAAAGCUAAGUUUUAAAUUAAUCAUGUAAAUAUGUUUUUGUACACUUUUAAACAGUACCUAGGUACAACUAUAAAAACAACCUCUUAUUUCCUUGAACUACAUUCAUAAUCCUGUCUUUUAGUUACCAGAAACAACAACCGCGCUCAUUAAAAUAUUUAGUUUCUUGUGAAAAUUCAUCAUUAAAUUAUUUAGACAAUGGACGUAAUAUUCUGUGGCAUUAAUAUUAUUUCUCUUUAAAGGCUGUUUGCGUAAACAAGCUUUCCAUCAAGUAGGCUUAGCAUGGCCGUUUGGACAAAUACAAAUGUUUCAAGUUCAUUACCGGUAGGGUAUUGCCCUUUCAAAAAUGAUUAAAUGAGCCCUUAUUUUGUUUUAAGGGAACGUUACUUUCACUUUGUUUUUGAUCCGUGUUACAAAAUUAUAUAGACAAACUUGAUUAAUUCAAUAAAGAAAUGAUAUUAUUAUGUCAACUGCGCUAUAAGUCGAUUCAGUACACCUAUGGCUACUAUCUCUGUCUGUACCUACUGAAUCAAUCUCUAUUUUAUUACUGAUACAUACAUAGAUGUAAAAGUAACCUAAAGACGUUAUUGGAGAACGUUUUAAUUCCGUUAGAUUCCACCAAUUAAGAAUCAUCUAAAAAAACAUAGAGAUGUCAUAACUGAAUUUUCCUUUAACAUAAUGCGUGACAAUUUACGGGGAGCGGGGGACGUUACAAACUACGCCCCUCUCUAUUUUCCAAUAUGCAGUCUCUCACACCUUUUUACUUACAAUAUCAUUGAGCAGGACCCAUUAAUGUUACAAAGCACAACCAUAUUAUGACAUCUCCUCUUUGUACUUGCUUCAUGUAUACAUAUAAGUAGGUAUCUUAACAAAAAAAAUAUGAUAAACUCUCAAGUAGAUCACGAUUGAAAUCUCCCCGUUUAAAUAAGAAACUUAUUAAGAAAGUUACAAGUGUACUUUAAAUUAAAUUAUUUCUCCAAACUUAUGUUGUUUACAAACUUUUCCCGGGAGUAUUUUUGUUUAUCGGGUUAUUUAGGGCUUCAUCCAAAUUAAUUAAGUUAAACUUUUCAUUAUCUGUAAAUUUAUUACGGCUAAUAAAUUUUAAAAAUGUUGUUUCUAAUACUUUUGUAAGAAAUUUAUUUAGUAUACAAUGUUUCAAACUUUCUCUGUAUAUAUUAAUACUGAUUGAACAAUUAUGUAUAAAAUUACCUUUACAUAAGGUUGUUCUAAAAUUUUCUUCCACGGCUUUAAUGGGAGGUAGUGUUAUGCUUGAAAAUUACAAUAGUGAAGAAAUUUGAGAACAUAAAGAAGUUAAAUGAACAUUGACUCUACUCUGCAUAAAGUGGUUCACAAUGGUUAUCAAUUGUUUUCAUUGACGAAGCGACCAUAACAAACUUAAACGCAGUUUUUUUUUCGUAUGAAUAAUAAACUCAUUAUCAAUAAUUUAUAUUUACUAUUAUAAUCUUCAAACACAAAACUACUUCCCAUAAAGCCCAUUAAAGUGGUAGAUACUUUUACAACUCCUUAAAUGUUCAUAUUAACCUUGUUAAAGGACAUUAGUCUUUCGUAUAGAAUAAAUAAGUUAUACUUUUAAAAUAAAGUGUAGUCAAUACAAAUACAUAAGUAAAUGUAAAUUAAGUAGCUACUAAACAAAAGCGAAUUAAAUCCGACGAUAUUUAAUAAAAUAAAGAUAGAAUUAAAAGUUAAAACUAAUAGGUAUAGCGAUUACAAGUAAGUUUAAUAUUUUGUUAAAUUAAUUAAGUUUAGUAAAUAAGAUUUAUGUGUCUAUUAAAAUAAAGUAGAAUUUUAUUUUGUAAGUAAAUUAUUUAUUUCUCUAACUUAAGUUAAUUUAUUUGUAAUACAGUCUUAUCUAAGGUAGUUUGUAUGUAACUGUUACUUUCAUUGUGCAAUAUUGCUGUAUUUAUGUUGGUGACACUUAAUAAAUAAAUAAAUAACAUUAACUGCCGCACUCGAGAAAUUUAAUGAUCACUUAAACUGUUCCUUAUUAACUAUUUUGUAUCGAAAACAAUUGCUGAGGACUGGGUUAAGGAACUAUUAAAUGACUUUGAGUAUGGCAGGAAUAAUUAAGAAUUUAUAAGGAAAAUUUUUGAGGAAAAUACUAACAAUUUCAUGAAUUUCAAUAGCCUUUUUUCUGUACCUAGUAGUUAUUAGAAAUAUCAACUGAAAACAUUUCUACUUUUCGAUUUUCUUUGACUGCCUCGUUGAGAGGUAGUAAAUACGAUUGUCGUUCAAGACUCCGUAAAAGACUGUCUUUAGGUCUUUUUGUCAGUUCUUGGAAAAAAUAUUAGUAAUGAAUGAGUCUAUGAUUGUACUUAGUACUUAUAGGGCAAUAGACUCACUCCUAUUACAUGUGAAUCAUUACAUAACUGAAUUUUCGGUAAUACUUAGAUGAAAAUACUGACACAUGUAACUUAGAAAUAACCUAUUUGCUUUCCUAAUAAAUAGAAUAAAAAAUAAAGAAAUAACUAGCGAAAAGUGGAUGUUAUAUAAAUAUGUAUAUGUAUAUGUGAACUCGUUUUAUCUCCAUAUGUAAACAUAUCUCUUUAUUCAGAAAACUCUUAUGAGAUACAAAUUAUUAUGUCGUGAAAAACGGCCUAGUUGAAAACUUUUUAAUAUAAAGUUGUUGAGUCUUAGGUUCUGACAGUUGGCAAAGUUGAAAUCAUCUUUUUACAAAAUUAAUCAUGUUUUUUGUUUAUCUCAGAGACAUGACAUAAAUAAUAAAUAAUUUCUCGAAGCGAAACUUGACGACCUACAUUUGAGAUUCAGUUUAGAUGUGUCCUAUAUUGGAGAGACACAAACUGACAAACUUUCGCACUUAUCAUAUUAGUAAGAUAUACCGAAUAAAAACAGACUUAAAAGAAAGUUUUCUUCUUCAAAUCAGAGUGGUACCUAGCAAUUUCUUAACUGAUACAAUGAAAAGGUUUUAUUUUAAAAUAGAUUGGCUUUAUUCAAGAUCAGGGCGCUUACUCUUGAAACCAAUGGUCAAUGCAAUUUCAAUCCAAUAAAGUCUCAAUAAUUAUUAAAUGUCAAAACUACGCAACCCUAAUCAUAGCUGUCAAAUGCUAUUCAGAGUACGGAAUAUAAAGCUAAAUUCAAUACCAUUUAGUUCAUUCAAUAUCCACGCAAUACGGAUGCAAUGGGCGCUAGUGUUGCAACUUAAGAGUACGAAAAUUUCACAAUAUCAAUGUCGAUCGAUCGGAAUUGGAUUCAAGAGUAAGCCCCCGGGUACAAAAAUACUUGAAUUCGUAAAAGAAAAAGUGCCCGAGGCAGCUGACUAACUUAAGUAGCUGUACUCGACAAGGUACUAAGGAAUUACCAACAUAAAACAAAAGUACUAAGAAAUAAAUAUACCUUACUAUUAAUAAACUUAAUUCAGAUGAAUGUAAGAGCUUUACAACCUGAAAAGGUUUUCAGUAGCUGGGGAUUUUGAAAUUCAAGGAAAAUUUAAAAAUAAAGUUUUUUUUUAAACCAUAGAAACCCUUUAGUUUUAAAUCAUGUUAGUCUCAAAAGAGAAUCUCAUUGAGACUGUUUUGGUAGAAAUCUUGAAGUCUUUUUAUUUAAACUAUACCUACAGGUGACUUUGAAUUCAACGUAUUCCUCUCGGGAAGUGAUAAUACAGGUAAUAUUUCUGAGAGAAAUACGUCGAAUUUAAAGUCACCUGUAUAGUCACUAAUCAGUGCAGCUAUUUACUAAGCAGGUAAAGAAAAUAAAGGUUGACGGAAUACAGAAAAAGUAGCUAUUACUAUAUUUAUACUAUAUUAAUAUUAUAAAGCUGAAGAGUUUGUUUGUUUGUUUGUUUGUUUGAACGCGCUAAUCUCCGAAACUACUGGUCCGAAUUGAAUAAUUAUUUUUGUGUUGGAUAGUGCAUUUAUCGAGGAAGGCUAUUGGCUAUAAAACAUCACGCUAUGACCAAUAGGAGCCGAGCAGAGCGGGUGAAACCGCGCGGAAGUAGCUUGUUAAAAUAUAUAGUUUUUUACUAAGCCACAUCUAAUGUAACUUUAGGGAACAGCGAGUAAAGUUCCCUAAGCAAAGGAGGAUCCUCCGACCAGGCGAGGUGAUCGUGCCUGGCGGGCUUUCUGCCCAACUGUUGUUCGUUGGGAUUUUCUAUCCGUGUUAAUUCGCAUGUAAACUUCGUAUGUGCGAUGCAGGAUAUUUAUGACGUCAUCCGUUGAUUUGCUCGUCGAUAGUCUAUGUGCGACUACUGUCAUCUGUCACUUGUCAGAUUGUCGCCACAUAACCAUUGGUCGGUUCAGCAGCCAACCAAUGGUUACAUUCUCAUUCAAUUAAUGAAUCUUUAUUUUCUUACCUGCGUAUUAAUUGGACUGCACGCCACUGAUAUUAAAUAGCUGUGCUGGCUCUACCUAGGUACUUUAAAAUUAAAUUGUGUAAACAUAAAUAAUAUUUACAAAGCUACUCUUUUCAACUGAAAAUAAGCCUUUGAGUAGUCAACAUAAUGUGUUUAAAGAUGUAACAAUAAACAAAAACCAGUAUAAACAAAAAUUUUAUUUAUAAAAUUGUCUUGUUGUUAACUGUUCAAUCGAUUAGUAAAAAUUAUAACGUUUUAAAAAAUCCACUUCAUGCUCAAGCAAUUUCAAUCAUCUUCUAAAAUGUCUUAAGGGAAGUAGAACAAAAACUAUUUCUAGAUUUGUAAGUCAUUUAACACUGUAAGUACUAGUCUAUGUACCUAUAAUAGAUAUUUAAAUAAUUUUGAUAUGUACCUAAAUGUAAAUUGUGUAUAAAAUACAAAGGAAAACUCCAA